AUGGGGACCGAACUGGUGGUCACUACGGACCGGGUCCAGAAGUUCUUCGACGACCUAGAGGCGCAAAAGGCCAUUCUCUCCACAUCCACGAAGCUAUUCACAACCCUAUCCAAACACUUCAAUUCCCUCCAAGACUCCCUUUCCCAGAAAUCCCAAUCCCUAGAAUCCAAAAUCCAAUCCCUCGAAUCCCGUUCCCGCGAAACCUUAGAAUCCCUCGACCUCCGGGAGACCUCCAUCCCGGAGCGCGAGUCCGCUGCCGCCGCCCGAAUCGAGGAGCAGAAAGCUGCGGCCUUGGCCGAGUUCGAGAAAAGCAUUUCCGGGAAUUUGGAUUUGCCCGAAACCCUGAAAUCGUUUUCCAGGAAAAUGGAUCCGCAGGGAUUGCUUAAAUUCAUCAUUUCCAAGCGAAAAGAAUCGAUAUCGCUUAGGACCGAGCUUGUACAGGCAAUAGCCGAGGCGGUGGACCCACCAAAGCUGGUACUUGACGCAUUGGAAGGGUUUUUGGAUUCUAAAGCCAAGAAAAUUGGGGUUACCGAUAAGAGGUGGGCGUGCGGGCUGUUGGUUCAGGCUCUGUUUCCGGAGGGUAGGUCCAAUUCUGGCGAGAAAGGGCCGGAAUUUUCCCGGAGCGUGGUGGAGAGAGCAGCGCGGAUUGCGGACACGUGGAAGGUGCAGAUGGUGGGGGAUUCGAACGGUGGAGGCGGGACAUUAGGGGCAGCGGAGGCCGUGAUGUUUGUGCAAAUGGUGAUUGGGUUUCGAUUAAAAGAGAAGUUCAGUGAGGAGUUCUUUAGGAAGUUGGUAAUGGAACAUGCGGCGAGGAGGGAUAUGGCAAAGCUCGCAGGGGCAUUAGAAUUUGGAGAGAAAAUGGGAGAUGUGAUUGAUGAGUUAGUGAAGAAUGGAAAGGAGAUAGAGGCUGUAUAUUUUGCUUCUGAGACUGGAUUGACCGAGAGGUUUCCUCCUGUUUCUCUGCUCAAGUCAUAUCUCAGGAACUCCAAAAAGAAUGCUACGACCAUAUUGAGGAAUGGCAAUAAUAGUUUGGCUGCAACUGAGGAGUCGAGCACAUUGGAGUUGAAUUCCAUCAAAGCAAUCAUCAAAUGUGUAGAAGACCACAAGCUUGAAUCAGAGUUUUCUCUUGAUAGCUUAAGAAAGCGGGCUACUCAUCUGGAGAAAGCCAAGGCAGAAAGGAAAAAGAGCUCAGCAGCUUCCAGCAGGUCUCAUAAUAAUAAUAAUAAUAAGCGAGCCUAUGGAGGUGGGGUUGGUGGUGGAGGUGGAGGUGGUGGCCGAGGGGUUGGAUCAUCUUCUUUCCGCCCUGCCAAAGCUGCCAAGUUUUCCAAUGCUUACCCCUCCUUUAACAGGAGGAACCCAAAUCCUCCUCCACAACAUAGCCCUGCAACACGAUAUUCUGGUCCAUACAAUUACCCAAACCAAACUGUGUACGAUGGUCCAACAGCAGCCUCAUAUGGAUCCACAUAUGGAGUGCCCCAUGCUCAAAGCCCUGCUGCUCUUCCACCACAACACUACUCCCUCUCGGGGGACAACAUGGCUGCUGGCGGGUUCCGAAGCAGUGGUGCAUAUGGUGGCCAGACCAGCUAUGGGCCAUAUGAUUACGCAAAUGCUGCUCCACCAUCCUACCAACCUCCUUCAUAUCCACAGUAG